GACGUCCGGGCCAACCGAUUUGAGGGACUAGGUUAGAUUUUAACCAAUCAGAACGUUUAUGAGGGAAACCCCGCCCUUCACGCUACCAUAAUAGAAUGUAUCGAACGCACUUCCGGAGUCUGAACAGACAAAAGGGGGCGAUUAAGGUCGUUGGUGUCAAGUCAAGUAAUAAACGACCAUCCGUUGUAAAUUGAUCACAUUGGCUCAGCAGGAACCCUUCCGCGUACAUCCAGUAUCACUCCGCUCCACCCACAUGUAUUAUUUCACCGGGAGGGACUGUGCUGCCUGUUUCAUCCCCAUCAGUUUCUGCUCCACCUUAAAAAACCGAUGUCAGCGCUCAUACAUUUUUUUUUUUGCAUUGACGUCAACCGCAUAGAGCACAAAACAGACUAUGGACAGAUAGCCAGACAUUGGUACCAAUUUUAAACCAAUCUGACUGCGACAGCUGCUGAUUCUCCAGGCAUCACUUCGAAGGAGGCAGACUGGGUCCGACCAGCACCGCGACACAUCCGCCGUUGCCCAGAGUGCGGUCCAGGCAGGAGCCCUCAACCGCCACGUCAGGCACCAUGAUGGAAGGGGGUAUGCAGCUGCUGAACCGUGAUGGCCACAGCAUCUCGCACAACUCCAAGCGCCACUACCAUGACUCCUUCGUGUCUAUGAACAGGAUGCGACAGCGAGGCCUGCUGUGUGACAUUGUGCUCCAUGUCUCCAACAAGGAAAUCAAGGCACAUAAAGUGGUUUUGGCAUCCUGCAGCCCCUACUUCCAUGCCAUGUUUACCAAUGAGAUGUCAGAGAGUCGACAGACCCAUGUGACACUUCAUGACAUAGACCCCCAGGCUUUGGAGCAGCUGGUCCAGUAUGCCUACACAGCAGAGAUCGUGGUUGGGGAAGGCAAUGUGCAGACAUUGCUCCCAGCUGCAAGCCUUCUGCAGCUCAACGGGGUAAGAGACGCCUGCUGCAAGUUCCUCCUCAGCCAGCUGGACCCAUCCAACUGCUUGGGCAUUCGAGGUUUUGCUGACACGCACUCCUGCAGUGACCUGCUCAAGUCGGCACACAAGUACGUCCUGCAGCACUUUGUGGAGGUGUCCAAGACUGAAGAGUUCAUGCUACUGCCACUGAAACAGGUGCUUGAUUUGAUCUCCAGUGACAAUCUCAAUGUGCCAUCUGAAGAAGAAGUAUAUCGAGCUGUCCUGAGCUGGGUGAAACAUGAUAUAGAUGGCCGCAGGCAACAUGUACCUUGGCUGAUGAAGUGUGUGCGGCUGCCACUGCUGAGGCGAGAUUUCCUAAUGAGCAACGUGGACACUGAGCUGCUGGUGCGCCACCACUCUGAGUGCAAAGACCUGCUUAUCGAGGCUCUCAAGUACCACCUGAUGCCUGAACAAAGGGGAGUCCUCAGCAACAGCCGGACUCGCCCACGACGCUGUGAGGGUGCCAGCCCUGUGCUCUUCGCCGUUGGUCAGUGUGUCUCUGAAGGUGGUGGCAGCCUGUUUGCUAUUCAUGGAGACUGUGAGGCAUAUGACACAAGGACGGACCGCUGGCACAUGGUGGCAUCCAUGUCCACUCGGCGGGCACGAGUGGGCGUGGCAGCUAUCGGAAACAGACUGUAUGCUGUGGGAGGAUAUGAUGGGACCUCUGACCUUGCAACUGUGGAGUCGUAUGACCCCAUCACUAACUCCUGGCAACCGGAGGUUUCCAUGGGAACACGGCGGAGCUGUCUGGGUGUAGCAGUCCUUCAUGGCCUGCUGUACGCUGCAGGAGGUUAUGAUGGAGCUUCCUGCCUUAAUAGUGCUGAGCGCUACGACCCCCUGACCAGCACAUGGACCUCAAUUGCUGCCAUGAGCACUCGUAGGAGAUAUGUUCGAGUAGCAACUUUAGAUGGCAGCUUGUAUGCAGUGGGAGGUUAUGACAGCUCCUCACAUCUCGCAACAGUAGAAAAAUAUGACCCGCAGAGCAACACAUGGACAGCGAUUGCCAAUAUGCUGAGUCGACGCAGCAGUGCCGGGGUGGCGGUGCUGGACGGCAUGCUUUAUGUGGCAGGGGGCAACGAUGGUACAAGCUGCCUGAACUCAGUGGAGCGAUUCAACCCCAAGGCAAACACCUGGGAGGGAGUGGCCCCCAUGAACAUACGCAGGAGCACUCAUGACCUUGUGGCCAUGGAUGGGUGGCUAUACGCAGUAGGAGGCAACGAUGGCAGCUCCAGUCUCAACUCCAUCGAGAAAUACAACCCGCGCAGCAACAAAUGGGUGGCAGCCUCCUGCAUGUUCACACGGCGCAGCAGUGUGGGUGUAGCGGUGCUGGAGCUGCUUAACUUCCCACCGCCUUCCUCGCCCACCCUCUCGGUUUCCUCCACCAGCCUUUGACACGGGGUCACUGCUUGGCUGAUCUCGGCCUCUGCUGCUACAGCCCAGACUGGUUCUGGGAAAAGACGCAACUGCUCGGUUUAACAUGGGGGAGGAAAAGGGGAGACAGGUAAAGAAACGAGGGAUGUGGAGAAGUGAAUGGAUGGAGGGAAAGAGGGUGUGAAUGAGUCUCUUGUCAUGGUUAAUGCACUGUACUCUGCAAUCAGUGGCCACUUGGUGAAACUGGUCAGAAUAUGCUGUAAAAUAUAAGCUUUAAUAUUUAAUAUCGGUGCUGUAAAUUCAGAGGCAUUUUUUGCAGCAUCCUGUAAUCCCAAAAGACAUAAUCUACCGUUUAUUUUAAUUUUCUUACGGUACCUACAGCAACAAGGAGAGGAUUUCGAUUUCAGUACUUUUACAGCUUCAGCUAUUGUUUUAAACAAACUACUGUUGCUGUAAUGUUGAUUUGAGUCAUAGAAUUGGAGUGAUGGAGAAACACUAGAAUAAAAAAUACAGUAAUUCUGUUAAUAAUACUAACUUUUAAAAUGCCUUCUGUAUAAUGUGGGGUUUCUAUGGUCAAAACAAUCUGGGUGCUCUUUUCCAAGUUCACCAUUAAAGCUAGAUUGCAAUGUAUCAGUUCAAGAUGCCUGAAACCUUACUGUACAGCUCCACCAAACAGAUACCAGCUCCCACCCUCUUUAAAAGCGCAACGAUAUUCCUGGAAGGUGUACAACAAUCCCCUGUCUUUACUUGAGCCCCACUUUUUCCCACCACUUCAGUGUUUGACACACUUGUCUUGAAACUUGGUGGAUACUUAACUGUCAUGUGUAAUGUAAAUGUUUUUUGGUUUAAUGUUAUUGUUGUUGUCAUUUGCAAGUGUUUUCUUUCUUUCUUUUUUUUGAUGUCAGGAUUUUUUGCAAUAAUGUAUACAAGAGAAACUGAAUGAUUUACUUUUAGAAUGUAGCUUUGACUAGCUGUACCAUGCAUGUUUACAUUGGCAUUGACUCCCAACAGGAGGAUAAAAUGAUGUAGUGCUGCUGUUUCACACUAGGUGGCAGUAACAGGCAAUGUUAUAAACCCCUCCACACUGCAAGAGAGCAUGGAUACCAACAUAUGAAAGCUAGGCCCUCAGAACUGUAAAUGAAUUUGUUUUAUAUAUACAGUAUAUAUAUAAAUAUACAAAGAAAGAAUAAUUAUGUUGAGCGAUAUGUAUUUAUAAAAUGUAUAAAAUAUAUUCUGUUUUCAAAAUGUUAAGAGAAGGAAAUAGAUCAGACCUAUUUAAGAGUGUUUUAAUGUAUUUAUUUAGGCGUGUGGUGUGCAUAUCAUUGAUGGAAAUGACAAAGAGAAUGUCUAGGUGUGACAGGUAGUUCAGUUUGUGUGCAUUUGGAGUUGUAUUUCUCCUGGUUAAGAGGAAUGAAUUUUGCAUUGUGAUAUGCAGCAUUUAAUUUGUUCACUGCCACAAGCACGAUCUCACAUGAUACAGAUUCAGUCAAUUACAUGUCUAUAUUGUCUUUUUUUUCCCAUUUAAAACUGUAAAAGUGAAAAGUGAUGGAUCUAAUCUCUGGACCACAACAGCUCAAAAUGAUUUUACAGCAUAAAUCUCGAGUUUACCUACAGUAUACUAUACGAACACUUGACAUUAAUGAGUAAUGCUGUCGUCAGUUUGUGCUGUCAUAUUAUCAUCCACACCACACCCUACCAAGUGUGGUAUGUUGUCGUGUUACCUCAUUCUUGAAAUGGAUUCUAUUCUCACCAACUACACUACGUUUACCUAGAAAUAUUGUGACUACUAUAUAAUUAAACAUCAUUUUACUGGCUAGAACAUGUGGGUGAUAUUGAUUACCCGGACUUGGUUUAAUUCAUGUGUAGCGCAGUGAUAUCAUUCCACUUCUGAGAAGUUGCCUUUUUUUUCCUUUUUUUAAAGGGUUUGCAGAUCCAAUUAUGUUUAUCUAAAACAAUCGACUUUUCAUUUAGAUGUUUGAGUGGACCCAGUGGAAUUGGGGCUGUGAUGGUCUUAUGGAGAUACUGUUACUCUGAAAUUGAUGUAAGUCAGGGACACACUUGAAGAGAAAGGUGCACAAAACCACAUAAGACUUUGGCCUUCAUUCUGUGGAUUGAACUGUACAUAGAACGACUGCUCAAGUUAUCUUAAAUCCAUUUGUGCAAUUUCGAUAUGACUGUAGCUUUUUUUUUUGUUUGUGUUCAGUGUGGUGAAAAUUGUUUAUUACAUGUUUGUUAUUUAUGACAAAGUUUAAAAUAUUGAAUUUUGCACUAUUGCGAAAUGGAGCAAUACACUGUCAAAAAUUAAAAUAAAGAUGUUUUCAAACGUGA